AAAAAAAUCAAGGAUGACAAGGAAGCAGAAGCAACCAUAGUUGACGAUACCGGAACUGAGACAGGACAUAUAAUCGUCAUCGCUAUUGGGGGUAAAAAUGGUCAUCCUAAGAAGACAGUAAGCUAUAUGGCUGAGCGUGUUGAUAGGCAUGAAUCAUUUGACGUAGUGUUUCAGGUUAAAUGCAUAGAGACAGGCGAAACUAUUGCUAUUAAGAAGGUUCUUCAAGACAAAAGAUACAAGAACCGUGAAUUGCAGACCAUGCGUACUCUAGACCACUCUAAUGUUGUCUCUCUGAAGCAUUGUUUCUUUUCAACUACCGAAAAAGAUGAGCUCUAUCUUAAUUUGGUGCUCCAGUAUGUUCCGGAGACUGUUCACUGUGUUAUCAAACAUUAUAAUAAGAUGAGCCAAAGGAUGUCACUGAUAUAUGUUAAACUCUAUUUUUACCAGAUUUGCAGAGCACUUGCUUACAUUCAUAACAGUAUUGGUGUGUGCCACAGGGACAUAAAGCCUCAAAUUUAUUGGUAUGUUUACGAGCAACUUGAUAGACGCUUUCUGUUUGGUGGUUACUAAAGCUAUAUCAGUUUUAAAAUAUU